AUGUGGGUUAUCUCCGGGGCCACCGUCCGUGGGGUUGUCCGCCUGAUUGAUGAUCGUGAGAUAGUGGUUCAGCCCGAUCCUCCCGGUACGCAUCUGUACCAGAACGCUGCGUUCCACGGAGGUGAGGUUAUCGUAGAUAGUGAUCGAAUGUUUGGUGACCCCGGGGAGGAAGCGCUGGAGGUGUCUGCCAUGCUCAGACCGCCGCCAGGCCUCUUCCCACUGUUCCUUGCCUGCCGCUUCCUUCGCCUGGCGGUCCGCGAGCUCAUUGCCAGUGACUGCAGGUUGAAAGUGUUCCGGGCAGUAGUCAAGCCGGACACACUGAUUGUAAAGGCCGACCAGGCUCGGGACCAACACAUAGCUGACGGCCUGCCACACCCAGUUGAUGAUGCCGUCUGGGCCGGGGGCCUUGUCGGCCUUGACAGAGCGGAGGAUGCGGAGAACCUCAUGCUCCCUGAAUUCCAGCACGCUGAUUGGUUCGAGGUACUGGAACCCCCAGAGGUCAUCCAGAUUAGCCUGCGGGGGCGGCGGAAAGAACUGGCGGGCCAGGAGGUUAGCUUUCUCCUGGGGCCCCUGGACCGGCACCGCAACAGACCGGUUGAGAACUUAAGACGCAGAGAUUCCGUGUAA